AAAAAAAAAAAAAUAGCAAAGAAAUUCACACACGUAUAGAAAAAAGCGCAGCAGUGAAAAUGAAAUGGCAAUAAUGUGGUAAAGCCAAAGCCCUCCCUCCCCUCUCAAAAAAUAAAAUAAAAUGAAAAUGAAAAAUAAAUAAAAAUAAAAUAUGGCAACUGUGGAGCUAUAAAAAAAAUGCCAAAAAUGUGAAAAGUAUUGGAAUAUGAGAAUCCAACAAUUUAACGAAUAUAAAAAAUCAAAGGAACAGAAGCAGCGCCCGAAAGGCAGAACCAAAUAUUUCUCAGCAUAUUCAUGUAAAAACUAAAAAAAAAAAAAAACAGAAUAAUUCGGAGAGGAACAACAACAAGAAGAACAACAGCUACAAAAACAAAAACAACAGCCUGAGCAGCAGCAAUAAAAUCAAGAGCGUGCAAGGCGCGAGAGCCAAAGCACAAGCAAAAGCACUCGAUAAAAAGUUAUUAGCAAAAACAUAAAUACGUAACUUGCUCUCUGGACUCUCGCUCCCUCUCUCAUUCUCUUCCGCACUCUCUGACUGUCACUGUGAAAAGGGCGCCCAACGCCAACGCGCAGCCCAACUGUUCUGCGAGCGUGUAUGUGUAUGUGUGUGUGGGAGAGGCAGAACGAGACGGACUGUAGGUAGGUCAGUGGCAGUGGGCGGCAGCCUAGCAGCAGCGCCAGCGCCAGCGGCAGCGGCAGCUGUGGCAGCUACGCCAACGCCAACGCCAAACGCCAAACGCCAACAUCAACUGUAAAUUGCAAAGGGCAGCAUGUCCUGCACCGUUUCCGAAAUGCCCAGCGGCUGUCGCUUGCGCGGCAUGAAUGCAUCCUCACAGAGCGCAGCUGCAGCUGCGGCCGCGGCGGCGGCCAACAAUGGCAAUGGGAACGGCAGCAAGGAGAGCGUCGGUGUUGGAGCUGGCAGUACCGCAGCGGGCGGUAACGGCGGCACAACGGGCACCAGCACAACGCUGCAGGGCAGCGUGAGCGCCACAUCGAAUGUGCUGCAGGAGUCAAAUGCGCCGCUGCAACGGCCACAAACACAGAAGCCGUGUUGCUUUUGUUGGUGCUGUUGUUGUUCCUGCUCCUGGGCUAAAUGUCUUGCCAUCAAGAAUGCGGAUGAAAAUGCGCCCACCAAACGUGAUCUCGUUAGCGCCGAAUUCCUAGAUGGCGAUCAACCCACAUUAGAAGAAAUACGUAGUUGGGGUAAAAGCUUUGAUAAACUAAUGACGAAUUCAAAUGGUCGCAAAGUCUUUCGUGAUUUUCUACGGAGCGAAUUUAGUGAGGAGAACAUACUGUUCUGGUUAGCCUGCGAGGAUCUGAAGAAGGAGAACAGCCCCGAGGUGGUGGAGGAGAAGGCGCGCCUGAUAUAUGAAGACUAUAUAUCGAUACUAUCGCCGCGUGAGGUGUCGCUCGAUUCGCGAGUGCGGGAGAUUGUCAAUCGGAAUAUGAUUGAGCCGACGACUCGCACCUUUGACGAAGCUCAAAUACAAAUAUAUACGCUGAUGCACAGAGACUCAUAUCCCAGAUUCCUAAACUCGCAAAAGUACAAGACACUCGCUCAACUGCAAGACAAUUCGAAUGCCGGCUCCAAGGCGGAUAGUCCCACUUAGAAUGUUAUUUAACUGAUUUCGGACUUUCUUUUAACUUUAGUAUUCUUUAUUAUUUGUUUGGGAUGAUCCUUAGAGUCGAGGCGACAACUGUAGCCGCUGUCCUGCCGUCGUUCGCUCAGCUUUUAUUUAAAAAAAAAAAAAAAAAAAAAAAAAAAAAA